AACGGUGCGCUGUUUUGGAUUCGAUAGAGAGAUGUUUUCAAAGGAUAAAAUGGGCCAGUGCCUUAGUCCUCUCUAGCUUGUCUCGUAACUAGUUCGUGACUCAGUCAUGAGACCGGUGACUGACUUAGCAAAUAGAAUAGGCCGAGCAUUGAUCUCCGCAUCCAACCAUGCAAUCCCAACUCGGACAUGGACUGCAUCUCUGGAACAGACUCUUCACCAACUCGGUUGUCGUGACUCACUGAGUCCGUCAUUGGUCGCCCGAGUCAUCGACUCGUUCCUCUCCACUCACCUCCUCGCCCUCGGCUUCUUCAACUGGGCUUCUCAGCAACCUGGAUUUUCCCACGAUUCAAUCUCAUAUCAAUCAAUUCUAAAGUCUCUCUCGUUUUCUCGUCAAUUCAAUGCCGUUGAAACCCUUUUGAAGCAAGUCAAGGCCCAGAAACUAUCUCUAGAUUCUUCGGUUUAUCGCCUUAUUAUUAGUUCGUUGAUCAAAGGAAAGAAAACCCAGAACGCGGUUUGGGUUUUAAAUGAAGUUAACUCGCCGAGUACAGAACUUGGAGCUGAGCUAUGUAACUCGCUUUUGGCUGCUUUAGUGUCUGAUGGUUACUUUGCUCAUUCCCAGAAAGUGUUUGAUGAAAUGUUUCAAAAAGGUGUUGUUUUUAAUACAAUUGGGUUUGGUUUAUUUAUUUGGAGCUUUUGUAAGAAUGGUGAAUUGAAUAAAGUUUUAAGUUUGUUGGAUGAAGCAAAAAAGGGGAGUUCUUGGGAGGUUAAUGGAUCAAUUAUCGUGGUUUUGGUAGUUCAUGGACUUUGUUUUUCAUCAAGAGAAUCGGAGGCUUUGUGGGUAUUGGAUGAGUUGAGGAGUAGAGGUUGGAAACCUGAUUUUAUAGCUACAGGAUUAGCUGAAGCGUUCAGAAAGAGUAAGCGUGUGGUUGAGGAGUUGGUUUUGAAGAAGAAGAGAAAGCUAGGGGCCAGGAGUGAUGAUUAUCGAGAGUUUAUCUUAGGGCUGAUUUCGGAGAGACGGAUAUGUGAAGCUAGGGAUUUAGGUGAAGUGAUUGUAAGUGGGAAUUUUCCUGUUGAAGAUGAUGUUUUGGAUGCGUUGAUAGGAUCGGUUUCGAGUAUUGAUCCUGGCUCCGCAAUUAUGUUUUUGAAUUUUAUGGUUGGGAAAGGAAAAUUACCGACUCUGAUGACUUUGAGUAAUUUGAGUAGGAAUCUAUGCAAGCAUGGUAAAGUUGAUGAGUUGGAGGUUUAUCAGGUUUUGUCUUUUCGAUAUUUCUUGGAUAUGGAGAGUUACAAUGUGAGUUCAUUCUUGUGCAAGGCUGGGAGAGUAAGAGGGUAUGGGGUACUUCAGGAGAUGAAGAAAAAGGGGUUAGGCCCAAAUGUCUUCUUUUACAAUUCCCUAAUGGAAGCAUGUUGUAGAGAAGACUUAGUGCGUCCUGCCAAAAGAUUAUGGGAUGAGAUGUUUGCAAGUGGGUGCGCAGGAAACUUGAACACUUACAAUAUCCUCAUUGGAAAGCUCUCACAGAUAGGGGAAGUUGAAGAGGCUCUGCGCCUCUUUCAGCAUAUGGCAGAGAAAGGGGUAGCACCUGAUGGGACAACUUACACAAACCUUCUUGAAGGGCUUUGUCAAGAAUCAAAAUUUGAAUCUGCUUUUGAAAUCUUCAAUAAAUCUGUUGAACAGGAUAUGAUGCUUGCACAAAGCAUAUUGCGCACAUUUGUCAUACAUCUCUGCAGAAAAGGUCAGUUUCUUGUUGCUUCUAAGAUGCUCUGUGGUCUCAGUUCUGAUAUAAUACAUUCAGAUUCCCAUGUUGUUAUGCUGAAAUGUUUAGCUGAUGCCAAAGAGACUCAGUUCGCAAUUCAACACAUACAAUGGAUUCAAGAAACCUCACCUUCAAUGUUGCAAGCUAUAUUCACAAAACUUGCAGCAUCUCUUUCUUCUACUUCGAGACUUGAUUCGAUUGAGCAGUUGCUUCAAGCAAUACAGGAAAAAUGUCUGCUAGAUUCCAACAUGUAUUCCUGGAAGGAUACAUCUGGAGCACAUACGGGAUGUUAGAAAGCUUUUGUUUAUCGAACUUCUAGUAUUGUUUUCUUC